UAUAAAAUUUAUUGGUUAUGGUUGGUGUUAAAACAAAAAAUGAAAGUAACCAAGCUGAAAUAAUUGACCUGCAAUUUGCUAUCUAACUACUGCACUUGCGCGCUUUAACCUUGAAAGUAUAGUGAAUUUUAUUUAAACAUUUAGAUUUAAAUCAUAAUGGCAGCUUCUCAGGAAGAUUUAUUAUUGAAAAUUCAAGAACAGGGUGAUCUUGUUAGAAAAUUAAAAGCAGCGAAGGAGUCCAAUGAGAGGGGAAAGGGCUUUAAAGAAGUAUACAAUUUUGAAGAAAUUGACAAGCAUUUAAGUCACUACAGCUAUAUUUGUGGCUAUGUACCAUCCAAACCUGAUGUGGACGUAGCUAAAGCCUUAAAAAGCUUAGAUUUUUCCAACUACAAAUAUAUCAAGAGGUGGUGGAACCAUAUGCGGAGUUUCAGUGACACUGAAGUGUCACUUUUUCCGGAUUUCCGGCAACCCAACUUUUUAAAAUAUAAUAGUAAAAAAAUAUUAGAAAGUCAGGUUAAAGAAGAAGUAUCAAAGUUGUUGGCUUUAAAGGCUCAACUUGUAACAGAAGAUGCAGGCCCACAAAAGUUUACUCUUAAAACACCAAAGGGAACAAGAGACUACAACCCACAGCAAAUGACAAUACGUAAUAAUGUAUUGGAUAAAAUUAUUACAGUUUUUAGGAGACACGGAGCUGAGUGUAUUGAUACACCUGUUUUUGAGCUAAAGGAUGUGCUUACUGGGAAGUAUGGUGAGGAUUCAAAAUUAAUCUAUGAUUUGAAAGACCAAGGUGGGGAAAUUCUUUCAUUAAGAUAUGAUUUGACUGUACCUUUGGCUCGGUAUUUAGCAAUGAAUAAAAUAACUACUUUAAAGAGAUAUCAUAUAGCUAAGGUGUACAGAAGAGACAAUCCUGCCAUGACUAGAGGAAGAUACAGGGAAUUUUAUCAAUGCGACUUUGACAUAGCUGGUGUAUAUGAUCCUAUGGUACCUGAUGCAGAAUGCUUGAAGGUAGUGACAGAGAUCCUAGAGGCUCUUGACAUAGGACAAUAUAUCCUCAAAGUGAACCACAGAAGAUUACUUGAUGGAAUGUUUGAAGCUUGUGGAGUUCCCGCAGAUAAGUUUAGGACCACAUGCUCCACAGUUGAUAAACUAGAUAAGUCACCAUGGGAGGAAGUAAGAACCGAAAUGAUUAAUGAAAAAGGUGUGUCACCUGAUGCAGCAGACAGAAUAGGAGAGUAUGUACGCUUAAACGGUAGCACCGAACUGGUAGAGAAACUAUUGAAAGAUGAGAAAUUAUCUAAAGUAAAGGCUGCAUUAGAAGGUGUAGAAGCAAUCAAAACUUUGCUACAGUAUUGUGAACUCUUUGGCAUUAAGGAUAAGAUUCUGUUUGAUUUGAGUCUUGCCAGAGGAUUAGAUUAUUACACUGGUGUUAUCUAUGAAGCAGUGCUUACACAACCUAUUAAAAUUGGAAAUGAGGAACAAACGGUUGGAUCCAUCGCUGGCGGCGGAAGAUACGAUAACCUCGUCGGCAUGUUUGACUCAAAAAACAAACAGGUGCCAUGUGUAGGUGUGAGUAUUGGCGUUGAGCGUAUAUUCUCGGUACUGGAAGCGAAACUCGCCGCCGGUGACAUAACGGUUCGCACAAGCGACAUUGACGUGUAUGUAGCGUCAGCACAAAAGAACUUCCUAGAGGAGCGCAUGAAAAUAUGCGCUGAACUGUGGGAUGCUGGGAUCAAGACCGAGCAGUCGUACAAGAAGAAUCCCAAGAUGCUGAACCAGCUUCAGCAUUGUGAAGAAAAUAAAAUACCGCUAGCGGUCGUGUUGGGCGAUUCCGAACUUAAACGGGGCGUUGUCAAAAUAAGAAACAUUACAACUAGAGAAGAGGACGAAGUGCCCAGAAACGAUCUGGUUCAAGAAAUAAAGAAACGUAUUGACAAUUUGAAUCUUAAUCAAUUGAAUGGAGCAACAUAAUGAAGGAAGAAUUCGGUAGGCAGCGGCUUGGCUCUGCCCCUGGCAUUGCUGAAGUCCAUUGGCGACGGUAACC